AUGAGGCUUGAUGUAAAAAGACAACUUUUUGCCCGAUCUGAUCGGGUAAAAGGAAUCGAUUUCCACCCUACAGAGCCCUGGAUCCUCUGCUCCUUGUACAGCGGUCAUGUCUAUAUCUGGUCAUUCGAAACGCAGGCUGUCGUCAAGACUUUCGAGGCAACUGACGUCCCCGUCAGAGCUGGUCGUUUCAUUGCGAGGAAGAACUGGAUAGUCGUUGGUAGUGAUGACUUUCAACUUCGAGUCUACAAUUACAAUACUUCCGAAAAGAUUACCCAAUUCGAAGCUCACCCAGAUUACAUCCGCGCAAUCGUCGUCCAUCCGACCCAACCUUUCGUACUUACUGCUUCAGAUGAUAUGACAAUUAAGCUAUGGAAUUGGGAAAAGGAUUGGAAAUGCGUGCAAAUCUUCGAAGGUCACAGCCACUAUGUUAUGUCUCUUGCUAUUAACCCGAAAGACACAAACACCUUUGCCUCGGCCUGCUUGGAUAGGACAGUGAAGAUAUGGAGCUUGGGAAGCAGCACACCUAACUUUACCCUUGAAGCCCACGAAACGAAAGGUGUCAAUCAUGUCGACUACUAUCCCGCGGCCGAUAAGCCGUAUAUCCUUACAACCUCUGACGAUAGGACGGUGAAAAUUUGGGACUAUACAACAAAGAGUAACAUUGUUACUCUAGAAGGCCACUCCUCCAAUGUUUCGUUUGCGUGUUACCACCCAGAGCUACCUGUUAUUGUAUCCGGAUCUGAAGAUGGUACCAUAAAGAUUUGGCACGCGAAUACUUAUCGGCUCGAGCAGACUCUGAAUUAUGGCCUCGAGCGCGCAUGGUGUAUUGCGUACCAGAGGGGCCGAAACGGCCUAGCUAUGGGCUUUGAUGAAGGCUGUGUCGUUAUAAAAAUGGGACGUGAAGAGCCUGCCGUCAGCAUGGACUCAAGUGGCAAGAUAGUAUGGGCUAAACACAAUGAAGUAUUAAGUUCAAUGAUUAAAGCCAGUGAUAGCGACACUAAAGACGGCGUGCCUCUUUUGCUUCCCGCGAAGGACCUAGGCUCCUGUGAAAUAUACCCCCAAUCAUUAAUGCACAAUCCCAAUGGUCGUUUUGUCUCCGUGUGUGGUGAUGGAGAAUACAUCAUUUAUACAGCCUUGGCAUGGAGAAACAAAGCUUUUGGACAAGCCCUAGACUUUGCCUGGGGAUCAAAGGACAAUAGCAAUGACUAUGCUAUUCGAGAGUCUGCUACGUCCGUCAAGGUCUUCAAGAAUUUCAGAGAGAAGCCGGGUGGUAUCGAUGUCAACUUCGCGGCUGAAGGGCUUAUAGGCGGUGUUCUCCUCGCGGUCCGUGGAAGCGGAUUUGUUAGUUUUUACGAUUGGGAUAGCGGUGCACUUGUUCGAAGGAUAGAUGUUGUUCCAAACGCAGUAUAUUGGAGCGAUGGAGGCGACUUAGUUGUUUUGGCCUGCGAGGAAUCAUACUAUGUCCUAAGAUUCUCUAGGGAGCAAUAUGUGACCGCAGUGGCAAACGGCGAGGUCGAGGAUGAUGGGGUUGAGUCUGCCUUCGAAGUUGUGACAGACAUCAGCGAAACGAUCAGAACUGGCGAAUGGGUUGGAGACUGCUUCAUCUACACGAACUCGGCAAAUCGUUUGAACUACCUCGUCGGCGAUCAGACCUACACCAUUGCCCAUUUUGAUUCAUCUAUGUAUCUGCUGGGAUAUAUUCCUCGAGACUCAAGAGUUUAUCUUGCCGACAAAGAUGUCAAAGUGAUCUCAUAUUCUUUAUCCCUCAAUGUCGUCGAAUAUCAGACCGUUGUCCUCCGAGGGGACAUGGAAACUGCCGCCCAGCUCCUGGAGGAAAUUCCGGCAGACCAAAAGAAUAAGAUUGCUCGCUUUUUGGAAGGUCAAGGAUACAAAGAACUGGCCCUGGAGGUCGCAACGGACCCUGAGCAUCGUUUUGAGCUCGCUCUUGCGCUGAACAGCCUUGAUGUUGCGCUGGAAAUUGCAAGAGAGGCGGAUGUUGAGCACAAAUGGAAGACUGUUGGAGACGCGGCCAUCGCUGCCUGGGAUAUCACAUUGGCGAAGGAGUGCUAUAGUAAUGCUAAGGAUCUGUCUUCACUUUUGCUGCUCUACACUGCACUGGGAGAUGUUGCUGGACUAAGACAAGUCGCAGAGCUGGCUGCAGAAAGCGGGUCCAACAAUGUCGCAUUCUCAUGUUUAUGGCAGAUUGGUGACAUAGAUGGGUGCGUCGGCUUGUUGUCAAAGGCUGAUAGAUAUCCGGAGGCCGCGCUCUUCUCUAAGACAUAUAAGCCUUCGAUAGCAGCUGAAGCAGCAGAGCAAUGGAAGCUGUCCCUACUGACAGCCGCCCAGAAAGAUAAACAAAAAAUUGAUGUCGGGAAGAAGAAGAUCGCUGAAGCCAUUGGUAUACCCGGGGUUGACGAGGAUCUGUUCCCAGAGUGGGAGCAACAGUUACAACUGGAGGUUGACAGAGAUCAAAAUGGCGGUAGUGUGGGCUCGGACGGUGUGCUCGUAGAUAUCAAAGGCAACGCUGAAGAGGACGACGGCGAAGAAGAGGAAGACGACGAAGAGUAG